AUGGUGCUUAUGACCAAAGAUAGUGUGAACUUGCAGAAUAUGACAAUCAGCGACUUGGAAACCUAUCCGCUUCAUAGAGCGGCUUUCUUCAAUGAUGUGCAGUCAAUAUCGCAGCUCAUCAAAGCAGGCCGAAGCCUUUAUGAGCAGGAUUUGCACGGAAACACCGCGCUUCAUAUAUCCACCAUGCUCGGUCACAGAGAAGCUACUGCUUUGUUGUUGGCUCACAAUGCACCAGUGAAGGUGAAGAAUUGCGACGGUUGGAAUCCGCUAAUGGAAGCAGUCAGCUACGGAGACAGACAAAUAAUUACCGAAAUGCUGCGCAAGCUAAAGGCACAGUCUCGCACCGGUAUAGCUAGUCGUAAACCCUACCUAAUCAAAAUGAUGGAGGACAUCGGAGAUUUUUACCUCGAACUAAAGUGGGACUUUCAAAGUUGGAUUCCACUACUUUCACGCAUGCUGCCAUCUGAUGUCUGCCAAAUAUACAAGAAGGGGACUCAGCUGCGUAUGGAUACCACUUUGGCUGACUUCAACGAACGACGUUGGGAAAGAGGUGAUAUCUCCUUUGUCUUCAACGCUAAAGCCAAGCAUGAAUCCGAUGAAUUAAUAAUAAUGGAUAACAAUGCUAAAGUUUUCCAACGUGUCCGGCACGAUGAAUCUGAGGCCGAAGUAGACGAAGAAGUUGAUGUUCUCAUGUCAUCUGACAUUGUAUCUGCUCAGAUGUCCACGAAGACGAUAACAUUUCGACAAGCGUUUUCUGGAUGGGUAUUCAAACACGCAAGAGAGGAACGAAUCGGUGACUAUGAUGUGAACUUUUACCUCGUUGACGGGAUGAAACUAGUUUCGCGGAAAAGACGGGAGCAUCUUACUGCCGAUGACAUCAAGAAGAACAAGUCUUUUAUGCAGUCUUUGGCGAGUGGAGCGGCCGUGGGUGAUGAGGACUUCAAGAGUCUUCAACACCGUAAAUCUCUGGCUCCUCCUGGUCGUAUGCCCACAACUUGGGAAGAGUAUGUUGGUGCUGCUCCCGGCGCAGCACCGCCUUUGGGUAGAGCACAAAUUCUGAAGCAGAACGAGAAACAGUUUACUGCAAUCAUUGGCAUGAGCGAAGAUUUUCCAAUGCAUGUUGAUGUGUUGCUGGACAUCCUUGAAAUUGUCGCACCCUUCAAACAUCUUGAGAAGUUGCGCCGAUUUUGUGAAGCAAGGCUACCACCUGGCUUCCCUGUUCGUGUCGAGAUCCCGCUCUUGCCAACAAUCUCGGCGAAGGGAAGACCCAACAAGAUUCCCUGA